AUGAAGAGGCUGCUCGUACAUGUAUUAGUGGGGACAGUCGGUUGGAGCAGCUUGGCAGAUGGAUCGGGUGUAGGCAAGCCAUGGUACAGCGCCUUUGUGGUUCCAUCAUCAUCGUCAUCACGGCAUGUCCCUCUGUCCGGCGUGGGUGGGUUCUUCCAGUUCCCUCAACCGUGGAGAAAACAAAAAACAAGACCAAGGACGAUUGUCAGUUCUACGGCUGAUCAAGACAAGACGGACCCUCCAGUACCAUUUUUCUUUGCAAAAAAGCCUGCACCAAAAACACCCAAACCUCCUGAACAUCCGCCCAUAAGGAGAUCGUCCUUCAUCAAGGGGGUAACGGAGUUGACAGUCCAGGAGGAAACUGUGAUAUCUCCAGUGGCUGCGAACAGCUUGGAAGAAGAAAUGAAAAAAGAUCCAAUAAUGGCAGAAAAAGAAGCGGAGCCUACCCCUUUGACUACACUGCAAAACUUGGAAGACGUGGGGGAAACAAAAGAGAGCAUACAUACGGAACCUGUGGCUCAAACCCCCACAACAAUUACUGCAAAGCCCCAAACUAGUAGUGGAAGAUCCAAAAGACGAAGAAAUAGGGCAUCCGCCAGAAUUGUCCAGCAGCAUGAAGAAAGAUCCAAAAAUGGUGGUGAUGGUGGAGGCAUUGGCUCGUUUUUCUCCUCCUUCUUGCCGUCUCGCACGGAUGCAUCAUCAUCCUAUGAAUCCAUUUACGAUGAUAUUUUUGCUGGCAAAAAGAAGAAGAAGAAGAAGGAACGCGCGAAAAAGAAGAAAGAGCUGGAUGAUCCAGCCAUGGCGGAAGUACUUGAACUAUUGAAGGAAUCACUUGAGGAGGAAGACAAUGACGUCAUGGCAUUGCUAGAGGAACUUUUGGAUGAAGCCGGAGAAGAAACCACCACCACGACACCAGCUACUGGUAGCACUACAAUGGAUAGCUACAAGAGUGGUCGUGACCAACACACAGCAGCAGCAGUCACUCGUCAGGAGGAGGCACUAGCAGAUGAGGAACCCAACACUCUUGCAGCAGAAAAUAAAACAUCAAUGACAGAUCUAGAGGAGGAUGCAGCAUUGCAACAAGGAAACAAGGAACAAGCAACUGCAGUAGUAGAAAAAGAAGAUGAGGAACAAGCAAAUGUGCCAGAGCAAGAGGAGGAGACGAUAAAUAAGACACAGGAGGAGGAGGAACAAGUGGUGCCUGUUGUGGUGCAAGAGGAGGUACAAUUAACCGUGGCAGCGCAAGUGGAUGAGACGAUAAAUGAGGCAGAGGAGGAACAAGUGGUGCCUGUUGCGGCACAAGAGGAGGAACAAGAAGAUGAGGAACAAGCAGCUGUGCCAGAGCAAGAGGAGGAAUCAAUAAACACAGCAGAGGAGGAACAAGUGGUGCAUGUUGUGGCACAAGCGGAGGAACAAGCUGCUGCGCCAGAGCAAGAGGAGGAAUCAAUAAAUGAGGCAGAGGAGGAGGAACAAGUGGCUCCUGUUUUGGCACAAGAGGAGGAGGUGGAAACUCCUGUGACAGAAGAAAUUGAGGAACAAGCAUCAGUUGUGGUACACCAGGAGGAACAGCCCAUUGUAAUGGCAGAACUGGAGAGGGACUCCAAAGUUGCCACAGGUGAGAUGGGCAGCCUUGAUGAGUUGAAUGAUGUUGGCCCUGCUGAAGGGGAGGUUGAAGAGGUUGCAGAGCAGACAGAUCCCAUAGUGGCAGAUGCAACUCAAGUUGUGGCAGAAGAUGAAACUUCACUGACAGAACAAGAGGAGGAUGCAGCAUUGCAACAGGGAGAUGAGGAACAAGGAACCACAGUGGCAGAACAAGAAGAUGAGGAACAAGAAGCAACUGUGCCAGAGCAAGAGGAGGAAUCAAUAAAUGAGGCAGAGGAGGAGGAACAAGUGGUGCCUGUUGUGGCACAAGAGGAGGAGGCAGAAACUCCUGUGACAGAAGAAAUUGAGGAACAAGCUGCAGAUGUGACACACCAGGAGGAACAGCCCAUUGUAAUGUCAGAACCAGAGAGGGACCCCACAGUUGCCACAAAUGAGAUGGACAACCUUGAUGAGUCAGACAAUGUUGCCCCUGCUGAAGGGGGGGUUGAAGAGGUUGCAGAGCAGACAGAUCCCAUAGUGGCAGAUGCAACUCAAGUUGUGGCAGAAGAUGAAACAUCACUGACAGAACAAGAGGAGGGGGCAGCCUUGCAGCAGGGAGAGGAGGAACAAGCAAGCACAGUGGUGGAACAAGAAGAUGAGGAACAAGAAGCAACUGUGGCAGAGCAAGAGGAGGAAUCAAUAAACAAGGCAGAGGAGGAGGAACAAGUGGUGCCUGUUGUGGCACAAGAGGAGGAGGCAGAAACUCCUGUGACAGAAGAAAUUGAGGAACAAGCUGCAGAUGUGAUGCACCAGGAGGAACAGCCCAUUGUCUUGGCAGAACUGGAGAGGGGCACAACAGUUGUCACAGAUGAGAUGGACAGCCUUGAUGAGUUGGAUGAUGUUGCCCCUGCUGAAUGGGAGGUUGAACAGGUUGCAGAGCAGACAGAUCCCAUAGUGGCAGAUGCAACUCAAGACACUGUUGAAGAGGAGAAUCUUGUCCAAGAUGAAGGACCUUUGCUAAAUGCCAACGGGGUAGAGGAAACUAGAGAUGGCGUAGUUGAGGAUGUGCAGGUUGAGCGUGAAGCUGAGAAUAUAGCAAAGGAGAUGCAAGACCAUACUUCUGUCUUGGAACCACCGCCACAAGAUGACGCUUCGGUUGCUGUGCAAAUGGAAGAGGCUGGUCAAGCAGACGAAAUUGUAGAUGCGGAAGGAAUGCACGAAAGCCUGGAAGUGGUUGAGGCCGAGGUGCUUGCCAAGGAAUUCUCCCCGGGGCUACAGAAUGAAACUCCUUCGUUUACUCCUCGCAUUUCCUUUAUCGCUGCCGCCGCUGCUACGGGAGUCAAGAAGCCUGUUGCCUUUGACGAUGCAGUUGCCAAACACUUGUCAGCUCUUGCUGGUAGCGCGGACAUGAUGAUGCAAGACCAACUUCUGAACGAUGUCGCUAAUCCGAACGAUAUCAACAACAGUGGCGCCAUGGAGCAGCAUGUGAUACACGACGAAAGUUUGAAAGACGACAACACCCUGCUGAAUGAUAUUGAUACCCCCCCUCCAGAAACAAUCAUUGAUAACGGUGACGAUGACGGUAUCGCCGGGAGUGCCUUCUCCAUCCCGCCUCGUGCCAUCUUGCAGGAUGUCAAGGAGAUCAUGAAGAAAUCUCCAACUGAACCAAGCUUGCUCAUACUGGAUUCGAGCGAUGACGAUGAGGAGGAGGAGGAAGAAGAAGAAGACCAGGAGCAAGCAACCCUAGCGGAAUCUGACGCCUCUUUAGAGGAUGCGACUUUGGAGGAUAUCCGUGAUGAUGAUGACGAUGACUCAAUGCCUUCUUUGAACGACCAUAUUAUGGAAGAGACACCUGGCUCUGAAGGAGAACAUGAAAACACCGAACAGGUAGCAAUGCUUGACGAUGUACCCGAGACACCGGCGAAUUUGGAGCCAGAUGACUCGUUGAAAGACGACUUGUCUCUGGGCGCUCCAGGCGCUCCAACACGUUUGGAUGAGGAGGCCGGGUCAGUCGCUGCCUCUCUCCAAGCACCUCUAGUUAGCGCCACACUGCCUGAUUGGAACCCAUAUCCUUCGCAGACGGGCAUUACUGCUGCUGCUGCUGAGACGACAAUCAACGAAUCAGAACCAACUUCACCAGAUACAUCGUCUGUUGUUGGAGAUGAUGAAUCCGCAGUGCCAGAAACAAUGACAGAUGUGACGAGUGAGAAGCUACCCGUUGAUGAAGCGCUGCCGCAAGAACUGACGAAAGAUAAUGAGCCAAUCUCACAGGAUGGCACCGACAUAGACAGCACAGCUGAGCAAAAUGAAG